GGCGGGAGCGGCCAGAGCCGGGCCGGAGCGGGCGGAGCGCGCGGCCAUGCCCACCAACUUCACCGUGGUGCCCGUGGAGGCGCGCGCCGACGGCGCCGGGGACGAGGCGGCCGAGCGGACGGAGGCGCCGGGCCCCCCCGAGGGCCCCGAGCCCGUCGGCCCCAGCCCGGGAGACGGGAGCCCCAGAGAAAACAUCCCGUUUGUGAACAAUGUCGAGGUGGAGAGAGAGAGUUUCCUUGAAGGGAAGAACAUGGCCCUUUUUGAGGAGGAGAUGGACAGCAACCCCAUGGUGUCCUCGCUGCUCAACAAGCUGGCCACCUACACCAACCUGAGCCAGGGCGUGGUGGAGCACGAGCAGGCAGAGGACAGCCGGCGGCGCGCCGCCCAGACCCCGCGCAUGGGCACGUUCAUCGGCGUGUACCUGCCCUGCCUCCAGAACAUCCUGGGUGUCAUCCUCUUCCUGCGCCUGACCUGGAUCGUGGGGGCCGCCGGCAUCCUGGAGUCCUUCCUCAUCGUGGCCGUGUGCUGCUCCUGCACGCUGCUGACCGCCAUUUCCAUGAGCGCGAUCGCCACCAACGGCGUGGUCCCAGCCGGCGGCUCCUACUACAUGAUUUCCCGGGCGCUGGGGCCGGAGUUUGGAGGCGCCGUCGGCCUCUGCUUCUACCUGGGCACGACCUUCGCGGGAGCCAUGUACAUUCUGGGGACCAUUGAGAUAUUUUUGACCUACAUCUCGCCCGGCGCGGCCAUCUUCCAGGCAGAGGCAGCGGCCGGGGAGGCGGCGGCCAUGCUGCACAACAUGCGUGUGUAUGGCACCUGCACGCUGGCGCUCAUGGCCGUGGUGGUCUUCGUGGGCGUCAAGUACGUGAACAAGCUGGCCCUGGUGUUCCUGGCCUGUGUGGUGCUGUCCAUCCUGGCCAUCUACGCCGGCGUCAUCAAGACAGCCUUCGACCCCCCGGACACCCCGGUCUGCCUGCUGGGGAACCGCACCCUCUCGCGGCGCGGCUUCGACGUCUGUGCCAAGGUGCGCGUGGACGGCAACAGCACGGCGACCACCGCGCUCUGGGGCCUCUUCUGCAACGGCUCCCAGCCCGGCGCCUCCUGCGACGCCUACUUCGCCCAGAACAACGUCACCGAGAUGCAGGCCAUCCCGGGCGUGGCCAGCGGCGUCUUCCUAGAAAACCUGUGGAGUGCCUACGCGGACAGGGGGGCGUUCGUGGAGAAGCAGGGCGUGCCCGCGGUGCCCGUGCCCGAGGAGAGCCGCGACAGCCGGCUGCCCUACGUGCUCUCGGACAUCACCACCUACCUGACCCUGCUGGUCGGCAUCUACUUCCCCUCCGUGACCGGCAUCAUGGCGGGCUCGAACCGGUCCGGGGACCUCAAGGAUGCCCAGAAGUCCAUCCCUACAGGGACCAUUUUGGCCAUAGUGACCACGUCCUUCAUCUAUCUGUCCUGCAUCGUGCUCUUCGGGGCCUGCAUCGAGGGCGUGGUCUUGCGAGACAAGUUCGGGGAGGCGCUGCAGGGGAACCUUGUCAUCGGCAUGCUGGCCUGGCCCUCGCCCUGGGUCAUUGUCAUCGGCUCCUUCUUCUCCACCUGCGGCGCCGGCCUGCAGAGCCUCACGGGGGCGCCGCGCCUGCUGCAGGCCAUCGCCCGCGACGGCAUCGUCCCCUUCCUCCAGGUGUUCGGCCACGGGAAGGCCAACGGGGAGCCCACCUGGGCCCUGCUGCUCACGGCCCUCAUCUGCGAGACAGGCGUCCUCAUCGCCUCCCUGGACAGCGUGGCCCCGAUCCUGUCCAUGUUCUUCCUCAUGUGCUACAUGUUCGUGAACCUGGCGUGUGCCGUGCAGACCCUGCUGCGCACUCCCAACUGGCGCCCGCGUUUCAAGUACUACCACUGGACGCUGUCCUUCCUGGGCAUGAGCCUGUGCCUGGCGCUGAUGUUCGUCUGCUCCUGGCACUACGCGCUGUUCGCCAUGCUCAUCGCCGGCUGCAUCUACAAGUACAUCGAGUACCGCGGGGCUGAGAAGGAGUGGGGUGACGGCAUCCGGGGCCUGUCGCUGAACGCCGCCCGCUACGCCCUGCUGCGCGUGGAGCACGGCCCGCCGCACACCAAGAACUGGAGGCCGCAGGUGCUGGUGCUGCUGAGCCUGGACGCGGAGCAGCGCGUGAAGCAGCCCCGCCUGCUGUCCUUCACCUCGCAGCUGAAGGCCGGCAAGGGCCUGACCAUCGUGGGCUCGGUGCUGGAGGGGACCUACCUGGACAAGCACGCAGAGGCGCAGCGGGCCGAGGAGAACAUCCGGUCUCUGAUGGGCGUGGAGAAGACCAAAGGCUUCUGCCAGCUGGUGGUCUCCUCCAGCCUGCGGGACGGCACGUCCCACCUGAUCCAGUCGGCCGGCCUGGGGGCCAUGAAGCACAACACGGUGCUCAUGGCCUGGCCCGAGUCCUGGAAGCAGGAGGACAACCCUUUCUCCUGGAAGAACUUCGUGGACACCGUCCGUGACACCACUGCGGCGCAGCAGGCCCUGCUGGUGGCCAAAAACGUGGACCUGUUUCCGCAAAACCAGGAGCGCUUGGGCGACGGGCACAUGGACGUGUGGUGGAUCGUGCACGACGGCGGCAUGCUCAUGCUGCUGCCCUUCCUGCUGCGGCAGCACAAGGUGUGGCGGAAGUGCCGGAUGCGCAUCUUCACGGUGGCUCAGGUGGACGACAACAGCAUCCAGAUGAAGAGGGACCUGCAGACGUUCCUGUACCACCUGCGGAUCAGCGCCGAGGUGGAGGUGGUGGAGAUGGUUGAAAACGACAUCUCUGCGUUCACCUACGAGAAGACGCUGAUGAUGGAGCAGCGGUCGCAGAUGCUGAAGCAGAUGCAGCUGUCCAAGACCGAGCGUGAGAGAGAGGCCCAGCUAAUCCACGACAGGAACACGGCGUCUCACACCGCCGCGGCCGCCAGGACCCAGGCCCCGUCCACGCCAGACAAGGUGCAGAUGACCUGGACGCGGGAGAAGCUGAUUGCCGAGCGGCACAAGAACAAGGACGCCAGCGUGUCUGGAUUCAAAGACCUGUUCAGCCUGAAGCCAGAGUGGGGACACCUGGACCAGUCCAACGUCAGGCGGAUGCACACGGCAGUGAAGCUCAAUGAGGUCGUCCUCAGCAAGUCCCAGGACGCCCAGCUGGUCCUGCUGAACAUGCCGGGGCCCCCCAGAAACCGGCAGGGCGACGAGAACUACAUGGAGUUCCUCGAGGUCUUGACCGAGGGGCUGAACAGAGUCCUGCUGGUCCGCGGCAGCGGCCGCGAGGUGAUCACCAUCUACUCCUAACGCCGGACGGCGUCGGGCGCCCGCGCUCACAGCCAGCGACGCCAGCCUGGCCUGCCCCUCGGGCUCCCUCGGAAGUUUCUAGACCUGUCACCUGGGGUUUCCUGUCCCAGGCAGCCCUGCAGGACAGGCCGAGAGGGCGUGACUGGAAGGUCCCCUCGCAUCGGAGGGAGGCGCUGGGACUCUGCCCUCGGCUCCUGGACGCACUUUCCCGCUGGGGCGGCAGCUGCGCUCCGUGUGCGCCCGUGCAGGGACACCCUGAGACGCUCGCCUGGCCCACGUGUCCCCCGGUGACAAAGGCAGCACCAGCCCAGGCUGCGCUCCGUGUGGCUUCCUCCAGCGCGUCCCGGUCUGUGCCCCCAGGCGUGUUCCUGCGGCUCGGACCGGGAGCUGCAGGGCUCCGUCCACGCCACACCCCUGGCUCUGCCGGCGGCCCGGGGCGGCGGGUCGUCCGUCGCUGGGCAUGUUCUGGUCCCGGCUCCAGCCCUGGCAGGAGCCCCCCCGUGUCCGUGUCUGCCGCGGUCCCGGCCCCGUGGAAAUCCGGCCGCCUCUUCCCGAGCACCGAUGGGCCCCGCCCAGGGCGCACGCUGGAGCCGUCCAGCUGCGCAGGUGAAUGUGCCGAACCCGGGCAGGACACGCAGUCAGUGCCGAGUGUCCACGCGCCACGUGGGGCGUGCUGUCCCGCCCUCCACCUGGGGGGCCGGGAGGUCCCUUGGCGUCCGUGGGGCCGAAUCCCUGGGUCCCUGCCCUGGGCGAGCCUCGUGUGGAGCCGGUGGCCGUUCGCACUUCGCCUUUGGUCUUUCUGCUGUGGGUCACGACGCGUCCCCAGCUGCAGGUUGCCGUAGUGACCUGGGCCUCCUUUCCCCGUGGCAUAUUUAUUUAUUUAAACACCAGGGGAGCUUUCGCGGUGACGAGGUUGUCUGCAAAAGGGUCGCUCCUGUAGCUGGGACGAGGCUCCCACCCGCACAGGGCGUUGGUGUCACUGUGGAGGGACCCCUGCCCAGGGCAGGUCCCGGACAGCAGCCAAACCCACCUCUGUCUGGGCCGGGCCUGCACGUGGACCCUGAGGGCUCAGCCCGUGGAGGGUGUGGCAGUGGCACUGGCUGAGUGUGGGGACAGCUGGGGACGGCUGGGGACAGCCACGGUGACCGGAGGCUCCUGCUGGGUGGCUGGGCCUCUGGACAUGCACUGCGGGGUUGGCGUGUGCAGCCCGUGUCGGCGCCAGCCCCUCCCUCUCCACGGGAAGCUCCAUGUGACCCGUGACCGUGGCCACUGAUGUCCUGGUUCCCUUUCACGGGUUCCCUGUCUUUGUACGAGUUGUUAGUGGAAUAAAGUCCUGUGAAUCUGA